AUGGUGCCAUCAAAAUUGAAUCUGAAGCAAGAAAAAAGGAACUGGUUGGAUCUCCCAUCCGAUGUUACGUUCAAUAUACUUAACAGAAUUGGUAUGGUUGACAUACUUGAGAAUGCGCAGAAAGUGUGCACUGCUUGGCGUAAGAUUUGCAAGGACCCUGCUAUGUGGAGGGUCAUCAAUAUGAACGACAUACCGAGAUUUGGUACAAGACUUUUUCCUAUUGAAAUGUGUAAGCAUGCUGUGGAUAGAAGCCAAGACCAGUUGGUUGAUAUCACCGCAAGUGCAGAUGUCUCAGCUGUAAAAAUGUGUAAGCAUGCUGUGGAUAGAAGCCAAGGCCAGUUAGUUGAUAUCACCAUUGUUUUUCUUUAUGAUGAUGAUCUUCAUUUAUAUGUUGCUGAUAGAUCAAGUCAGCUCAGACGGCUUGAAAUGGCACAUCAAUUUUUCUUUGGAUGUGUAAAGUUGACUACAGUUGCUUUGAUGAAAUUUCCGUUGUUGGAGGAACUAAACCUUUACGAGAUAAGAAUCUCUAAAGAAGAGAUUGAAACGGUUGGCCGUUAUUGCCCCAUGCUAAAAACACUUAAAGCGAAUAAAAGAGGAUAUGAAGGGUCUUUAAUGAGAUAUAAUGAGAUAGCCAUAGCUAUUGGACAAAACUUGCUUGGGUUAAGGCACCUUGAACUCAUUGGAAACAGGAUGACGAAUGUUGGGUUGCAUGUGAUUCUCGAUAACUGUCAUCACCUUGAAACACUUGACUUGCGUCGAUGCUUUUGCAUUGAUCUUAAGGGAGAUCUUGGGAAACAAUGUUCUGAACAGAUCAAAUAUCUUAAACUUCCCCAUGAUCCUCUUGAAGACUACCCUUAUAUUCAUGUAACAGAGAGUGAGUAUUAUAAUACAUUAAUACUAUUACUACGCUGA